GGAAAACCGCAGACCGUUUGCAUUGGUCAAUCGACAGCAACAGUCGCUAGCUUUUUUUUGUUUGUGUUUGUUUUGGAAGCAGGACGAGUGGAAUUAUAAGGAGCUCAUUUAGUACACAAAAAGCAAAUCAUCUAAAAAAACUAAACGCCACUGAUUCGGAUUUAACCGUUAUCGACUUUAAGCACUUUUGUACCAGCACUAAAACCGCAUAAAAAUAGCUGUACUUUCGUCUCGAAUCAUCUUUCUUCAAGCCACAAAUCAACAUUCUUUCUUUCUGUAGAACAAGGUCACGACCUUCAAAUAGAUUUCGAUUUUUCGCCAUAAAUUUGUUGUAUAUACAUCUUCUCUGUAGUCAUUCUACCCCCGCAGGUGGAAAAACGUCAUUUCUAAUUUAUCCAAAAUGAUGGUGAACAAAGACAAACACAGAGCCAAGAAGGGCUCUGCGCGCGGCACGUCGGCAGGUUUUCUCGCCGCAAGGGUUGCGUCGAUUACAGGCGGUGCUGCUGCUCUUCUUGCUUGCUGCGCUCAGUCGGCCGGUGCGGUAAGUCUGGCAAGCGGAGCUGCUAGUAGCGGAGCUGCUGAUGGAGACACUGCGAUGAUUACCCUGCGGCCGGAGGAGGACGAGGCGCGGUGGCCUGAUCCUAGCUUCGUUGAAGAUGUAGCGUUUUCGGAGUAUAGCGUGCUCAGGUGUUACAAUGAUCUCAACUGCUACAAUAGAAUGUGGAUUUUGUGUUGCCUGACGAGCAUGACAGAAUCGCAGAGCCCUCCGCCUUCUGCAAGACAAAUUUCGCCAGAUUAAUAAAAUUUUUGUGCGGGGGUUUGGGACUCCAGAACUUGUCUUGCGUAAUAUUCCUCUGAGAGUAAGAACCCAGGUGGCCGCGCACCGCUUGCAUCACAAUAAAGCUGCGCUUCUACUUGUUGUAAUGUCUGAGCAGAUUGUAUCACCUGAGCGGGUCAUACGCGGUACCUGGAGCUUCUGUCCCCGGAGGAGCUUGAUCGAGUAAUACCACGCUAUCUGCACUUGCGAAGCUUUUCUGCUAUCGAGACAGAGGGGAUCCUAAGUGGCCUCCCGAUGCAGUACCGUCCUCUCAGACCCUCACCUUCGACGACAGAUUCGUCCUUAUUUCGACACCUGCUUUUGCAAGAAUUGCUGGAGGACGGCGCUCCCGCGGAGGAGUGGACAUCUCAGCUCGUCAAGGAUCAUCUGCUUGUGAACCAGAGGCUUCAAGAGGUUCAUACCCGCAUAGACAAGGAGACGCGGUCCGGCAGACGAGUGGAGACGGACGUGGAGUUUGAGGUGCGGCGGGAGAGGGCGAAGCUUCUGAAAGAGGAUCGGUCUCACCUCCAGGAGAUGCUUGAGGCGAAGCUUUUGGACGAGGCCGCUGCCGUUGGAGGGGUGGUCCAGAACACGGUGCCACGGAACACGUUGCAGAGGCGCUCUAUAAUCGAUCAGGAACUGCGUUUUUUGGAGGACCGCCUCGCAGGUGAACUUGUGAGUGAGCAGGUGCUGGAAGAUUACAGGUCCAUCAGGGACAUUUGGAGGACAGGCCUUGGCGACGCGCUCGCAUCUGGUGGUGAGAAGGCCAGAGGCCUUGCCCCUCCCUGCCAGACCCCGGACGCGUGGAAGGAAUUCUUGCAUUAUAGGAAGGACGUCAGUCGGGCCUUCGUGAGUGCGGAAACCCUAGAAAAGAGGGUCCCGUCGAGGUACGAGGAAGCUGUGGGCAAUGCCAAUAUCAUUCGCUUGCGGCAGGUUUAUUUGACGUUCACCAGGCGGCUUCUCCACCUCAACACGGUGCGUCGCGUUAUGGACGCGGAGAGUAUCGGUGAUGACCUUCAGAAAGCCCUACAACAAGACAUAUCCGAGUUGGAGAUGAACACGUUUUUGCCCACUUCCCUUCGGGAGACGACGCAGGAGUUGAAAGACCGUCUCCAGACCCUUUCCGAGCCAGCGAAGCGAAUGGUGGUGGUGCAGCUUCUUGAUGUGCAAUUUCUCCUCCUUCGGCACCAGGAGACGUUUUUGACGGAGGAAUGGGUUGGUUGUCAAGGUCGAUGGAUCAAUCCUUUGUUCCCUGACUCUAGAAGGGUUUACGCGAUAGUCCCGGAUCGGAUUUCGGAGCGUGGUUUCAGGCGGGCGAUGUUGCAGAAGCGCCGGCUGGUGGACGAGAAGCUCCGUUUGGUGGAGCAAGAUCUCGGAAUGUGGACCCGGCCUGCGUCCCCGUCCCCGGAACGGACUGGUGGUCGUCGAGUACAAACUAUCAUCUACUCUGGAUAUGAUGGUACGACAAGCGUCGAAUACAGACAGCUAGACAUAUGCAUCGCGUCAAGAUAUUUAUCCCUGGAUCUGGAUGUGGUGCGAAAGAUUGUAAACUUUGUCAUGCAGGCUUUUCAUGCGCAUGCCCCAUGACCAUGAGGCCUGGAAUGCACGGCGUAGCGUGCUGACGAGUUCAGUGCUGAGGUCUUUUUUUUAUCCCACAGGGCAGCUCACCACAAGUUUUGACGUUGCCAGAC